AUAAUAUUAAAAUUAAUAUAUACCUAACCUACCUAUAGUACGGGCUACUUCUACUACCUACUACGUAUAUAUUUAACACUCGGCCCUUAGCUAUAGCCUUUCCUUUAUUUAACGGCUAUCCACCUCCCAAUCAUUCCUUGGUCGCGCGCACACAAGGGGGCAUUUCACCUUCGCUCACAACAUCGACAAAUCUAAACGCCGCUGUCCCCGUGUGCGGAGCAAAUGGCUGACUUGGGCGAACAUCUGGGCAGCCCAGGCGACCAAACUCAUCAGCGGCAAGCGGCCAUUUUGAAUCGUCAUCUACCAGAGGGAUUCUCCGCCGGCCCAGAUGUAAGCUUGGGAACACAGGAGGCAGCAUCCUCAACAUCUGCAGCGCCAGCCGUUGGCAAUGAUGGCGAGGGAUACCCAUUUCCGUCGGACGGCCCAACACGAUCUGAUAGUCCUUCGGGCACUGUACCAAAUCCCGAGCCUAUCGAAGCACGAGAUGCGCCGCCGAACGACAUCUCUUCAGAGUCACAUUCUCCGAGCCCAGUCGUUGCAACACUCGAAACACCCGAUUCGAUGACUGGACAAGGCGUGGAUAAUGUAGAGUCAUCGUUGAAGCUCCAGGGUGGCGACAUACAUCGAGAUAUUUUCAAGAUCAAGGCACGCGCAAACUCGCUUCGCCGCGCCAAUACCUUCUCCCAUCAACCGUCUCCGAGGCUGCAAGCGGCGAAUGAUCUCACGUAUCCCGAACAGCGAGAACCAGGCGGUUUCCGACGUCAUUACCUCCGUCGACAGGCACUACAGCGGCGCCAAACCGGUCCUCUGAUGAUCGCAGGCAGUUUUGUGGAUUUUCUCGACCUAUACGGAAGCUUCGCUGGUGAAGACUUGGAAGAAAGCGACUCCUCCGAGGAUGAAUCUGCUGUGGACGACGGCGAGGAAGCUGGCGAAGAGCAACCUUUGCUUUCAAGACCACGGUUGCCUCGGCCUCGCCCGUCACGUCGUCGUAGCUCUCGCCGCGUAGCUAGGGAAGGCGAUGCCAGCACCAUGAAGACUUUCUUCACUCUGUUGAAAGCUUUCAUCGGGACAGGAAUCAUGUUUCUGCCUAAAGCAUUCCGGAAUGGUGGCAUCUUAUUCUCAUCUUUGAUCCUCGUACUCGUCUCCUUGAUAAACUGCCUCUGCUUCCGACUGUUGCUGGAUUGCAGGGAGAAGUACGGAGGCGGUUACGGCGAACUUGGCGCCGCUAUCGUUGGACCUCGCUUCCGAAGCCUCAUUCUCGCCUCAAUCGCUCUGUCCCAGCUUGGAUUCGUUUGUGCUGGGCUCAUUUUCACGGCAGAGAACUUGUGGGCUUUCCUAGAUGCCGUCACGGGAGGAAGGCACAACGUAGCAUUGGGAGUCACUGGCCUCAUUGCUCUGCAGCUGCUGCCGCUGAUACCAUUGGCUCUGAUCAGGCACAUCUCCAAAUUGGGGCCAGUUGCAUUGAUAGCGGAUGUCUUCAUUCUUGUCGGCCUGGUCUACAUUUGGUACUAUGACAUUGCCGCACUUUCAAGCCGCGGCUUGGAACCAACCGUACAGUUAUUCAACCCUUCGACGUGGACCUUGACCAUUGGAUCUGCCAUUUUCACAUUUGAAGGCAUUGGGCUCAUACUACCGAUCCAGUCGAGUAUGAAAAAGCCGAAGGAGUUUGGAAAACUCUUAUAUCUCGUCAUGUUCUUGAUCACUAUCAUAUUCACCUCAGUCGGCGCCCUCUGUUAUGCCACUUUCGGAGAAGGGACCAAGAUUCAAGUCAUUUCCAACUUCCCGCAGGAUUCGCCAGUCGUAAAUGGCGUACAGUUCCUGUACUCUAUGGCUGUUCUCGCUGGAGAGCCAGUACAACUUUUCCCCGCGGUACGAAUUCUCGAAACUAGUAUCUUCUCCGAACGUCUGUCUGGAGCCAAGGAUGUGGGUAUCAAGUGGAAAAAGAAUGCACUGCGGACGGUUGUCAUGGUCGUCUGCGUCGGAAUCAGCAUUUUGGGCGCUACUGAUUUAGACAAGUUUGUGUCACUCAUUGGAAGCUUCGCUUGUGUGCCAUUGGUCUAUAUCUACCCGGCCUUUUUGCACUACAAGGGGGCUGCUCAGUCGAGGUGGGUUAAGUUGCUUGACAUCGUCCUGAUGGCCGUUGGGCUCAUCGCGAUGGUCUAUACAACGUUCAUGGCGGUCGUGCAAUGGGUUGAGGGUUGAUGGAACGCCUCUUUUAGUCUUGAAAGGGUGACGCUUGGUUUGCUCCGGAUGGUUAUACUUGGACUGCUGUUGCCGAGGACCUAGGGACCGGUGGGCCUGUUCACAAAGUUGUGCAUGAUCAUGUAUACGUAGUUCCGACUGCGCUGAACCGGGUUCACACUCACAAGUGUGAGAUGGAUGUACAAUGCACACCGACGUGUGCGUUUUUCAAUUCAAAUAAACGCCACGCCCAUGGCCCGCGGACCGGAAUCAAUCAGUUGCGAUGCAUGCCUCGGAGGCGAAGCGAUGACCUGUGUCCGCAUCAGUCUCAUUGCAGCGGCCACGUCUAUCGUCAUGCAUCGUUGGAGUGUGAAACGACCGCAAGCUAGUAGAUUAUGGUACA